AGUAGGUAAGCAUGCUUACCUACUGCUGCUGCUGCUCAAAAUAGUCACACGUGGCUGCCCUCCCCUGCUUGGAGGCGCACUUAUUCUCCGAUUUGCUGGGGGAUGGGCAACGCCCCCCCUGCGUAAUCUCGAUUGGCGGGCAAUUAAACCUUGAUGGGCGCUAACGUAUCUAAAUUGGUCUAGAGUGUUUCUUCCUACACUCAAAUGUUUUAUUGGGCUUUUACUCUGCUGUUGGGAUGCAUCAUCCCGCCCUCGACUAACACGGGAACGAUUGAUAAACGACGGGCGACAAAGGCAAACAACCUUCGCUGCGAAUGCAUCUGACGUUUUCUUCUAUAGAGAACAAGCCGUCUUUAGUUCCAGAACAACAAAACAGAAGCAUCGCCAGCCUCUGCAACAAGGAUCCCCCGCCGCCUCCCGCUAUCCCCUGCACCACCCACACACGCCUCCUUCACACCCCUUUUUACAGAGCACAUCCGCAUUGCUGUCUAAUAAAAUCCCGCCAGUUCACAGUCCAAAGCUGUUUCAGGGCUUCUUUUUCGGGGUUAGCGAGCUUCGUUGCAUUCCUCCGCAAGGCUUGCCCACCCUACUCCUCGCUUCCGCUUUGGUGCUUAGCGGCGAUAUUCCAAGACAUGGCGCUGCCCGCCCCGGAGUUUAUACCCACCCUAGGGUCGCCGACGAGGAAUGUUCUUCAUGAUUCUUCAGGGCUGCCCGUCUAUUACGCCAGCCAAGCCACCCAGAGGCACACUUGGUGGUCGUCUCCCCGUCACAACCAAGCACAGCCAGACCAGCAUUGCAUAGCUCUGCAGGGCAUCACAGAGCAUACACAGCAACACCUUGGAUACACUGGUGUUUACCUUGCCAAGUAAGAUAUAUAGCCUUGUUUAGAUCCCACCUUUUGCAUAUUCUCUUCUUUCUUUUCCGUCAUCGAGCUUCACUUUCUCUCCAGUUUUACCACAUCCUUCUCCAUUCUCUCUCUACUACUACUUUGCCCUGCCAUUCUUUUUGAUAUACUUCCAGCCUCUUUUGCGCUAUACCAACCCCUCCUUUACCAAUUACAUCAUACGUCAUGGCUGCCUUUGCUUCUCUCCUCGUUCUCCUGCCCAUCGUGGCCCAUCCUCUGGUUCAGGCUCAGCAGUGCUUCGCUUACAGCGUUGCCACUAUCACCGACUGCGCUCCCGCCACCACUACCGUCGUUCAGCCUACGCCUACCCCCAGCGAUGGCGUUGUCACCGUCACCAUGCCUGAGUGCCCUCACUGCCACUGUGACUGCGCUCACACCAAGACCUACACCACCGUCUACGAGGCCUUCUGCCCUACUGGUGUCGCCCAGGUCACUUACACCGUCAACGAGAUCUACAGCGGCAUGUCCACCGCUCCUGUUCUAGCCACACCCACCGAGAUCCCCCACGGCUUCACUACUACCGUUGCUACCUGCCACGAGUGCGGAGAGGCCCCCAUCACCAAGACCCUCACCUACCCCGUUGGCGGCAGCUGCACCGUCACCGAUGCUCCUCAGGUUCCCUCCGGCAAGCCCGGUGCCCAGAAGCCUGCUGGCGAUGCUCCUUCCAGCAACUCCCAGAACCCUUCCAACGAAGUCUACGUUGCCAAGGCUCCUCAAGUAACACCCAUUGGUGCUUCUAUCGCAGCUCUGCUGUCGCUCGUCUUCCUACUCUAGAUGAACUGGAUCGCAACGUUUGCUUUUUCUGCCAACCAAUGAUUCCCCUCAUUUUAACGACUAUUUCCUUUGUUCAAAAAUAUCCGGCGUUUGGGAUUUGUUUACUUUUCACCCAUUUUCGGGCUCUUCUUCUCCGGUUCAUACUUUUGAUUUAUACCAUUAUCCCUGUCCAUUACUCUACACAUCAGCAUUUCACCCAAAUAAUCAAAACAAUGAAAAAUUUUAUAAUAAUCUUCUAUUUGAG